AUGUAUGGAGUUGCUGCUGCUCUUUCAUCUCUGAAGCCUGACUCGACUGUUCCUUCAAACUCAAAACUAGUUGAAGAGUGGACUUACGCGAACAAGGUAUGCCGACACACUCUGCUUAGUGCAUUUUUUAAUAAUUUGUUCGAUGUGUUCUGUUCCUACAAGGAAGCAAAGGACAUUUGGGACUCGUUGAUUCUCACAUACACUGCCAAAGAUGUCGUCAGACAAAGGUUCAUCAUAAGGAACUACUACCGUUGGGAAAUGAUUGAGGACAAGGACAUAAAAACCCAAAUCAAUGAAUACCACAAGCUACUCGAAGACAUCAAAGCAGAGAACAUUAUACUUUCGAAUGAAUUUGUUUCAGAACUUCUGAUCGAGAAACUGCCACCAUCCUGGACAGAUUACAAACAACAGUUGAAACACAGGCACAAACAAAUGUCUCUGCCAGAACUCAUUACAAACAUAAUAAUUGAAGAUACCAACAGGAAGGAGUCUGCUACUGCAAGGGCCAAAGCUUUGACUACAAAGGAAAAUAUGGUAGAAGUAAGACCUGCUCCCAAAAGGUACGAACACAAACCUGAUCACAAAAGGAAAAAUCAUUUUCUUAAAUCCCGUCCCAAUGAAUCUAAACCUACCUUCAAGAAGAAAGGAAAUUGCUUCGUAUGUGGGAAGGCGGGCCAUCAUGCACCACAGUGCAGACGCAGAGAGAGAAACGACAAUCCUCCUAGGGCCAAUAUAGCCGAAGGAGAUGACAUUAUUGUUGCGGUCGUUUCUCAAGCAAAUCUGAUGACCAAUGUGAGUAGGUGGGUGGUAGACUCUGGUGCUACCAGGCAUAUUUGUGCAAACAAAAGGGCCUUUACCUCUUACACUAGUGUAGGGGAUGGAGAAGACCAUGUCUACCUCGGUGAUUCCAACACCACUCCUGUUCUAGGAAAAGGAAAAGUUCUUCCCAAACUCACAUAUGGAAAGACUCUGGUCUUGAGUGAUGUGCUACAUGUGCCAUCAAUCAGAGUUAAUUUCAUCUCUGUAGCGUUGUUGGGAAAUUCUUCUGCUUAUAUUGUUAACUCGUAUGAUAUAUGGCAUGCUAGAUUAGGUUAUGUGAAUUCCUCGUAG